AUGGCCGGUGCCUUGGCUGACGGGUAUGCCACUGCGACCACAGAUGCUGGGGGCCCAGGCAACUCCGUCCUUAUUGCACCCGGUGUCAUAGAUUACAAUAGCAUUCGGAACUUUGCCCACCGUUCGCUUGGUGAAGAGGCUGUCAUUGCCAAAGAAGUAAUCCAAUCCUUUUACGGCCAGAAGCCCCUUUACUCUUACUGGAAUGGCUGCUCGCAGGGUGGGCGUCAAGGUCUUUCCUUGGCUCAGAACUACCCAGAUGCAUACAAUGGGAUCUCUGCAGCCGCGCCAGGGCUAUAUGCUCCUCAGCUAGCGCCAACCAUGUACUGGCCGCAGCAGCAUAUGAACAAUAUCAAAGCCUAUCCACGGAUGUGUGAGGUCGACGCUAUUGUUCUAGCUUCGGUAGCCUUUUGCGAUCCCAAGGAUGGCAUCACAGAUGGGUUGAUCUCCGAUCUGGACAGUUGCGACUUUGACCCAUUUACAAUGGUUGGGAAGGUAACUACUUGCAACAAUGCCUCGGUUGUCAUUUCCGCUUCAGCUGCGAGCGUUGUCAGAGCAACCUGGGAUGGCAUUACAUCUGCUGCCGGGGUUAAAUUAUGGCAUGGUUAUGCGCCUGGUGCCGACGUCACUGGCCAGAUAUACCCUCUUUUCAAUACCGCGGGUGUGGUCGCUACGAACUGUACCGCUGGGCCCUGUAGGGGGGCCUCGACAGGCCUCGGCGCCGACUGGUUUCAAAAUUACCUCGCCAAAGAUACAAGCUUCAACGUAACCGCCAUGACCCAGGAAGAGUUUGAAAAAUUAUAUCAGGAGGGCAUAGACGAGUUUACUUCAACUUCUGCGACAGCUAACACUGACCUGUCUGCCUUCCGCGAUGCAGGCGGAAAGCUCAUCACCUUUCACGGUUUAGCAGACGCGGCCAUCCCAGAAGAAGGUACCCGCAAGUACUAUACGGAUGUGUCUGAAAGAUUUCCAGAUGUCUAUGAUUUCUACAGAUACUUUCCCAUUCCGGGGCUAGGGCAUUGCAUGGGUGGUCAAGGGGGACAGCCUACAAGUCUCUUUGGGCAGCUUCGCGCCUGGGUCGAAAACGGAACUGCACCCACAUCCCUUACCGUGUCUUUUCCUGGCACGAAUGGUACUGGGUUUGAGCGAGUCUUAUGCCCUUAUCCCAGAAAAGCGCGAUUCCAAUCCGCUUGCGGAGAUUCAAACAAAGCGUCAUGCUGGAGUUGCAACACUUGUGUGGGUAUAUGA